AAAUCGAAAUCGACAUUCAAAGCGAGAGAUAAGAUGAAGUUCAAUGCGCGGUUCCUUCUCCUGGCCUGUCUCUGCCUGUGGGUCUCCCUGGCGGUAGCACAGGACGACUACGACUAUACGUAUGCAGUGGAUGACACUGAUGCAGGCGUGCCUGCCGAACCUGAAGACGGCGGCUUGGACAACCCUGAUGGCGGAGACGACGGCACCGAAGUGAUCGACGACUCUGGCAACUAUUACGACACAGUCGAUGAGGAGGUGCCCACCCCAGCUCCAGUCGUGGUCAGACCCAGCCGUAGGCCGCGCCCUCGCAAUCCCAACAGGCGCCGCCCGAAUGCUAACAGACGCAACAAUGGCAACAGGAGGCGUAACAACAAUAACAACAACAGGCGCAAUAGGCGAAACCCAAGAGCCGCAAGAGGUUAA